GUGUGUGUGUUUCCCUUUCUCUCCCCAAAGCGAACAUGAAAUAGUUUGUUGGGCUAUACUUUCUUCUUCCUACCGUUCCCCCCUUCCUUCCUUCCCGUUCGGGUUCGCAGGCAGAGUCAGGACAGAUUGAAGCCCAGCUGUGUUCCUCGCUUUCGGUCGUUGCCAUUUUCCCCCCUCAUUGCCCGGUGAUGUUGGAUAUGGGAGAGCGCAAAGAGGUGAAAAUGAUUCCUAAAUCGUCGUUCAGUAUAAACAGUUUGGUGCCCGAGGCCGUGAAAAACGACAACAACAACCACCAGAACCAGCAGCACCACCAGAACCAGCAGCACCUCCACCAGACCCACCUCCACCGGCCCGGCGUGCCGGAGGAAGCCGAGCAGAAGGCUCCUCUUCCGGCCGUGCAGCAGGACAGCAAAGCGGAUCCUAAAAGUGACUCCUCCGGUCCGGAUAGCUGCCCGGACGAGAAGGAGAAACCGGAGGAAAAGAAGGACGGGAAAGACGGGGACGGAGGAGGGAAGGACGGAGAUAAGAAGAGCGGCAAGUACGAAAAACCUCCUUUUAGUUACAACGCUUUGAUCAUGAUGGCCAUCAGGCAGAGUCCGGAGAAGCGGCUCACCCUGAACGGCAUCUACGAGUUCAUCAUGAAAAACUUCCCGUACUACCGGGAGAACAAGCAGGGCUGGCAGAACUCCAUCCGGCACAACCUGAGCCUGAAUAAGUGCUUCGUAAAGGUUCCCAGGCACUACGACGACCCGGGCAAGGGGAACUACUGGAUGCUUGACCCCAGCAGUGAUGAUGUUUUCAUCGGUGGCACCACGGGCAAGCUCCGGCGGCGGUCCACCACUUCCCGGGCCAAGCUGGCCUUCAAGCGGGGCGCGCGGCUGACCUCCGGGCUGACCUUCAUGGACCGCGCCGGCUCCCUGUACUGGCCCAUGUCCCCGUUCCUCUCCCUGCAUCACCCGCGGGCCGGCAGCGCCCUGGGCUACAACGGGACCUCCUCUGGGUACCCGGGCCACCCCAUGUCCUACAGCACCAUGUUGACGCAGAACAUGGGGGGCAACCACUCGUCGUUCCCGAGCUCCAACGGGCUGAGCAUGGACCGGCUGGUCGGCGGGGAUCUCCCCUACGCGACGCACCACCUGACGGCUGCGGCUCUGGCGGCCUCCGCGGUGCCCUGCGGCCUCUCGGUGCCUUGCUCCGGGGCCACUUACUCCCUGAACCCGUGCUCGGUCAACCUGCUGUCCGGGCAGAGUUACUUUUUCCCCCACGUCCCUCACCCCUCCAUGACCGCUCAGCCCGGAGGCUCCCUGCAUGCCGCCCGGGCUUCGGCCUCCAAUUCGCCGCAGGCUCCGUCCUCCUCGCUGGCUUGUGACUCUCUGAGGCCGGGUCUGUCCGGUUCUCUGCCGGCCUUCCCCUCGGGACUUUCCGGGGGUUUGUCUGACUAUUUUACGCAUCAAAACCAGGGGUCGACCUCCAACCCGCUUAUACACUAACACACUCCAAACCCUCACCCAUAGCUCACCUUUCCAUCCAUCCCUCACCCCCCCAUUUCCACCCCUGAAGGAGUGAAACUCUUAAAAAUGACUGGAACUGUAAGUUGAACAUUUUACACUGAACAUUUACAUUGUAAAAAAACUGAAAUAUUAUACCUAUAGAGAAAAGAAGAGAGACUUAAACUGCAAAAACAAAAAAGAGCAGCAGAGAAACUGACAGAAAGCAGCCCUGAAGUUUCCAGGUAUUUUUUAAUAUUAUUAUUAUUAUUAUCUCUUCUUCUUCUUCUUUUCUGCUCCGUUUCCCGCUGCAGUUGAAUUUGUGUGUACAUAAUGUCUGUUCCUAUAAGUGUCCGGGUCUGUCUCUGUAUAAUACUGUCAGUCAGCGACGUGCAAUGUGACUUAAAAACAGAGAGGAUGGUUAGGCUGAUUUACUUCUGUUGUUCGAGGAGGCAUUACUUUUAUAGAAUGUGUAUUUAAAAUAGUUUUGUCUAAUUUUAAGAUUUAAAAUAAUAUUAAUAAUAUCUCUAAUAGCCGGUUUUUUUACCCGCAUGUGUGCAGUAUUAUCAGGUAUCAUGCGGGCUAAGAAGAGCCGCGUUGGAGGAAUGAUUUCAUUGGAGAAAACACUAAUUUCUUUUUUAAUUAUUAUUUUCUUUUCAGUGAAAUGUGUUUUAUUUCUAAAGCGAAUCCUGCCGUUUAAAGUCCAGAGGCUUGUUUUUUUUUUUAUAAUUUCAUUUCCCAGUUUAAAAACAUGUACUUUUUAUAGACCAAAGAAUCGGUUUUUAGGAAAUUUAUUCAGCUUACAGAGGCCUAAUGUAGUAGGAAUUAGAAUGAAUGGAUGAAUGAGUGAAUAGAAAAUGAAUUGUGCCUCCAUCACUGCAGAAAAUGUCCAUUUAAACGAGAUUUUUAUUGCAUUUUUUAUGAAGAAUAUUUGUUGUUUUGUUAAAUUAGCGAACAAUUCAAUGGAGUUUGGUGGCGCCGAUUUUUAAAUGUAUUUCACUGAAUGUUUUAUUGGUGCAGCUGGAGGCCUUUUGCCUUAACCCGCCUCGUUUAACUCCUAAUUAAAUAGAAUACUAAAACGUAAAUCUCUCGUUUUUAAAUGGAUAUUUCCUCGGUGAUUUUUUUUUUUUUUUUUUUUUUUUACUGUGAACGUGAUCGCCGCUAAAAACGAAUUUCACGCAUCUUCUUUUAUUUGUAUAAUUAGUAAAAGAAAGUUAAAAAAAAAUGUCUAUUUGUAAUUUGAAUUUGGGGGUUUCCUUCUUUUCUAAAAAGGCAAAACAAUGUAAAAAAAAAACCCGUUUGUUUGACAGAAGAAGAAAAAAAAAUGCCUCAUUAUCUAAUACUACUUGGAAUGAUUGUCCUUUAAUUGUCGUCACUGGUUGUGAUAAUAUUGUGGUCUUAUUCUUAUUCCCGUGUUUGUCGCUUACAGAAGUUAAAGAAAAAAGAUAAAAAAAAUGUUUUAAUCAUAAAAAA